UCGUGACCUGCAGCGCGCCACGUCUACGGUUUCUUCCUCGAGCAUUUCAUUCCACUGCCUUGUCGACGCCGACAGGCAGGGCCGCCCGCACGAUGCCUCCCCUCCUCCGCUCCCCCGCGCCGCCGUCCGCCGGUGUCUUCUGCCGGCGGCGGAAAAGAAUGCGUGCGCGUGCAUCGUGGCAGGAGCUGGCGGGCGUGCUGGUGUUCUCCGCCGUCCCCUUCACCGCCGUCAAGGCCAUCGCCAACAGCCCCCUCGGCGCCAGCCUCCGCCGCCGCCUCGAGUCCAGGAAGGCCUCCGCCGCCGCCGAGGCAGACGCCCUCCGCGCCGCCGCCCGCGAGGCCCGCAGCUCCAGCUUUUGGUACGGGGGAGCUCGGCCGCGGUGGCUCGGUCCUCUCCGGUACGACUACCCGGAGCACCUGGUCGGAGAGUUCCCGGGCGAUUACGGCUUCGAUAUAGCAGGUCUGGGCCGGGACCCCGUUGCUUUCGCCAACUACUUCAACUUUGAGAUUUUACAUUGUCGAUGGGCCAUGCUUGCUGCUCUUGGUGUUGUUGUUCCUGAGCUGUUAGAUCUAUUUGGGAUAGUGCAUUUUGUGGAGCCUGUGUGGUGGAAAGUUGGUUAUGCAAAACUUCAGGGCGAUACUCUUGAUUACCUUGGGAUUCCUGGGUUCCGAAUUGCUGGUGGUCAAGGCAUCAUCGUCAUCGCUAUCUGUCAAGUCCUUUUGAUGGUUGGGCCAGAAUAUGCGAGAUACUGUGGGAUCGAGGCGCUAGAACCCUUGGGAAUAUAUCUUCCUGGGGACAUAAACUACCCAGGUGGAGCACUGUUCGAUCCCUUGGGGCUGUCCAAAGACCCUGUUGCGUUCGAAGAACUCAAGGUGAAGGAGAUCAAGAAUGGUCGUCUCGCAAUGGUUGCAUGGAUCGGAUUCUACGCCCAGGCUGCUGUAACCGGCAAGGGCCCUGUGCAGAACCUCGUCGAGCACUUGUCGGAUCCACUCCGCAACAACGUUUUAUCCCAUUUUCUUUGAGGCAUUCUAACUGCUUAUGUACCGCGUUUACAUUGAUCAGUUUGUUUUUACUAGGAAAUUAAUAUAGUUUUAGCAAAUAGGUUACUGCGUAACAUGGCUAUAAGAUUGUUGUACAGUUGUGGAGUUAUGGUGUUGUUCAGCAGAAAUUGUGGGUGCCCCAAAAUUACUGAAAAUGGGAUUACAUUGAUCA